GAUAAAAAUAAUUAUAUAAACGUAGUAACAGCGUGUUGAUAUCACUAUUUCGUUAUAACUGUGCGCAACAGUCGGGAAAAAUACUGAAUGAAUUAUACAUCGCGCUUUAAUUAAUUAAAAAGGUGUUUGAGUGGGUAUUGUGAAGGAAUUAAUUAAUUAAUGUAUGUCUGUUGAACACGAAAACGAUGAUUCCAAAGGAUUCUUCUGUGCUUGUUUUUUUCGUAAAUGGAAAAAAGAUUGUAGAACGAAACGUAGAUCCAGAAUGGACCCUUUUAUUUUAUUUAAGAACAAAGCUGCGUUUAUGUGGCACAAAGUUAGGGUGUGCUGAGGGAGGAUGCGGCGCUUGCACUGUUAUGGUGUCCAAAUAUGAUCGCCAGGAAGAAAGAAUUAAACAUUUGGCUGUAAAUGCCUGUUUAACGCCAGUGUGCUCAAUGCAUGGUUUAGCUGUUACAACAGUGGAAGGUAUCGGAUCGACAAAAACAAAGCUCCAUCCUGUUCAAGAGAGAUUAGCGAAAGCUCAUGGAUCUCAAUGCGGAUUCUGUACUCCAGGAAUUGUUAUGUCGAUGUACACCCUAUUAAGAAAUCAGCCGAAACCAUCCAUGAAAGAUAUGGAAAUAGCAUUUCAAGGAAAUCUCUGUCGAUGUACGGGAUACAGGGCUAUAAUCGAAGGAUAUAAAACAUUUACGGAAGAUUGGGAAUUGUUACAACGAAGAAACGCAGCCGGAAGAAAUAGUGAACUAAACGGCCUUUGUGAAAUGGGAGAUCAGUGCUGUCGAAAUAAAACGAAUAUUGAUAAAAAUGAAGACGAAGAAGAAACGUUGUUAUUUAAACCAAAUGAAUUUGCACCCUACGAUCCUUCUCAGGAACCCAUUUUCCCACCAGAAUUAAAAAUAUCUGACACAUUAGACACAGAAAAUCUCAUAUUUAAAGGCCCAAACGUUAGCUGGUAUAGACCCACAAACUUGGAAGAAGUCCUUCGUCUAAAACAAAAAUACCCAGACGCUAAAAUCGUAGUUGGAAAUACCGAAGUAGGAGUAGAAGUUAAAUUCAAACGUCUCCUUUAUCCCGUCAUAAUACAACCGACAAUAGUUCCAGAAAUGCUAAUAAAAGAAGUAAAUAAAGUCGGAGUAAGAAUAGGAGCCAGUGUCACUUUACUAGAAAUGGGUUACUAUCUUGAAAACCAAAUUAGCAAUCUUCCAAAUUACAAGACGCGAAUCUUUAGAGAAAUCGUUCAAAUGCUUCAUUACUUUGCCGGGAAGCAAAUAAGAAGUGUGGCAGCGGUAGGGGGGAAUAUAAUGACAGGAAGUCCUAUUUCAGAUCUAAACCCAAUUUUUAUGGCUGCAGCUAUUAAAUUAGAAUUAAAAAGUUUAGACGGAGGCCAUCGUGAGGUACUUUUAGAUGAACACUUUUUCACAGGUUACAGAAGAAAUGUAGUAAAAAACAACGAAAUACUCAUUGCAAUAAAUAUACCAUUUACUGAAAAGUUUCAAUAUUUUCAUGCUUAUAAACAAGCAAGAAGAAGAGACGAUGAUAUCGCCAUUGUAAAUUCUGCAGUUAAUGUAACGUUCGAAUCGGAAACAGAUAAGAUACAAACCAUAAGACUGGCUUUCGGUGGAAUGGCCCCAGUAACAACAGUACCUGUUAAAACAUGCCGGAAACUUAUUGGUCUAAACUGGAACGAUGCAACUUUAGAUACUGCAUUAGAUGCAUUGGCAGAAGAUAUGCCAUUAGUCCCCUCAGUUCCUGGUGGUAUGGUUCAGUACAGAAGAUCAUUAACUUUGAGUUUUUUCUUUCGAGCUUUUAUGAAGAUUCGCAAAGAAUUAAACGACCAACUAGGGAAAAACAGUUUACGAAAAGAAGAUCUCAGUGCUCUAGACGGUUUCCAUGCCAAACCCAUAAAAAGUGCUCAGUAUUUUAAAGUAUCUCCAAAAGAUAACACCUUCGACACAGUUAGUCGUCCAAUUGUACAUGCAUCAGCUUUCAAGCAAGCUUCAGGAGAAGCUGUGUAUUGUGACGACAUUCCCAGCUUGGAAGGAGAGUUGUACAUGGGUUUGGUUUUAAGUACAAAAGCUCAUGCCAACAUUAAAUCGAUAGAUCCUUCUAUAGCAUUGGCGACGAAAGGAGUUCACUCAUUUUUUUCAGCCGAAGAUAUCCCAAAAGAGCGCAAUAAAAUCGGUCCAGUAUUUCAUGACGAAGAAGUGUUUAUAAGCAAGAAAGUAACCGCACAGGGACAGUUGAUUGGAAUUGUUUUGGCCAACGAUCAGACAACUGCCCAAAGGGCCGCCAAAAGCGUCAAGGUAGAAUACGAAGAACUACAGCCAAUCAUCGUAUCAAUCGAAGACGCCAUAAAACACAAAUCAUUUUUUCCAAUUACUAGAAAGUUUGAGAAAGGUAACGUGGAUGCUGUUUUUAAAACUGCACCCAAUAUUAUUGAGGGCGAAUGUAGGACUGGAGGACAGGAGCACUUUUAUCUUGAAACUAAUGCUGUGUUAGCUAUUCCUAAAAAUGAAGACGAUGAAAUAGAAAUAUAUUCGUCUACUCAGCAUCCCGCAGAAGUAAAUGUAAGUCUCAUAUCUAAGCGUAGAUAUUCUCGGCUGCUGUUUAUUUGAUCAUUAAUUUUCCGGAUCUUAUCUCAAAUAUUUAAGAAUAGUGAAAUUUCACAGUUAAUUGUUUACGCUGCGCCAGUUUAUCUAAAACAAAAGAAAGAUGGUAAAAUAUUAGUGCGACACGACCCUGCGCUAUCCUCUGCUUUAUAUCCCUACUACUCUUAUCUGACUUCCUAGGUAUCUAAAUUCAGCCACUUCUUCUAAUUUUUCGUCUCCUAUCUUUAUAAUUUUAAAAUUAAAACAUUUUUCGAGAACAUGCUGGGCUGACAAGAGAUAAAAAAAAUUAAUUCUAAAGCAAACUGAUUACUUUUGAGUUGUAAAAAGGAUUCAAAUUUUAGGAUGAUUUUUUUAGGAGUUCAGCAUUCUCAUAUCAGCUUUAGCUCCUUUGAACCACGAGUUUUAGAUUUCUGUCUCACAAAAUUUUGGUCUAUUUCUAUUUAAAGAACAAACUUUUCUAGAGAACAUAGAUGGAAAAAAAGAGGAAUAUCAAUUAUUCCUACUAAAUUUGGUAUUGCUUUCACUGCCUUGUUCAUGAACCAAGCUGGUGCUUUGGUUCACGUGUAUACCGAUGGGUCUGUUUUAUUAACCCAUGGUGGAACGGAAAUGGGUCAAGGUUUACAUACUAAAAUGAUACAGGUAGCUAGUAGGGUUCUUCAAAUACCCACAUCCAAAAUUUACAUCAGUGAAACUUCAACUGAUAAAGUACCUAAUACAUCUGCUACGGCAGCUAGUUCUGGAUCUGACUUAAAUGGAAUGGCAGUAAUGAAUGCUUGUCAAGUAAUUCGUGAUCGUCUUGGGCCCUAUAUCAUGAAAAACCCAGAGGGAAAAUGGGAGGAUUGGGUUGAAGCGGCCUAUUUUGAUCGAGUCAGUCUUUCGUCGACAGGUUUUUAUAAAACUCCAAAUAUUGGUUAUAAUUGGGAAACUAAUUCUGGAAAUCCCUUCAAUUAUUUUACUUACGGGGUUGGUUGUACUGAAGUUGAAAUAGACUGUUUAACAGGAGACCAUCAAGUGUUAAGAACUGAUAUUGUAAUGGAUUUAGGUGAAAGUUUGAAUCCUGCUAUUGAUAUUGGUCAAAUCGAAGGAGCUUUUAUGCAAGGUUAUGGUCUGUUUGUACUUGAAGAAAUGGUUUAUUCGCCAGAUGGUACUAUUUUUACGAAAGGACCUGGUGCAUACAAACUACCCGGAUUUGCUGAUAUACCGAUAGAAUUCAACGUUUCUCUAUUGAAAGGCGUUUCUAAUCCGAGGGCAGUUUAUUCAUCAAAGGCUGUUGGAGAGCCCCCUCUGUUCUUGGCUAGCUCUGCUUUCUUUGCUAUCAAAGAUGCCAUUGGAUACGCUAGAAAGGACGCUGGUUUGUCUUCCUCAUUUAAACUAGAUUCUCCAUGUACUUCUGCAAGGAUUCGUGUAGCAUGUCAGGACCAUAUAACGGCCAGGUUAAAAGAAGCUGAACCAGGAACAUUUACGCCUUGGAACAUCGUUCCAUAAAAAUUUAGCAGAAGUUGCAGGAUAACGUACUGUUAAAAUAUCUUUGCUUUUGUUAUUAAAAUAUUAUUCAAUUU